UUCCGUCUCUUCAGUGGUGUCUAAGGUGUUAAGCAAGAGGGACAGAGUGCACUGUUUGCUGUGCCAAGUAGGCAUUGCCCUGACCACCAAUUCUGCACAGUAUGGCGAGCAACAAAUCAGUUGAGAAAAUGGGGACAGAAAAUGUUGUGAACUGCUUAUACCGACACCCUGGAGCAGCUUUUAAGCUGAUUUGCUUCCCCUGGGCGGGAAGCGGAUCUUCCCACUUUGCAAAAUGGGCCAAAAGUUUUCACCAUUCCAUAGAAGUUUCCUCUAUAAGGCUUCCUGGAAGAGAAAGUCGAUCUAAUGAGCCAGUUGCAACAAACUUGGGUCAUGUAGCUGCUGAAAUUUCUAAUGCUUUACUGCCAAUACUCCAGGAUAUUCCUUUUGCAAUUUUGGUCACAGGACCAGUGCUCUUUCCAUUGUACCAAACUGCCUGUUCAUCUGGACACCUGGAAGCUCUACACUUAAAAGAAAAUUACAAGUUACAGCCAAUGCAUUUUUUUGUGUCAAGUGCAAAUCCUCCACAUGUGAGUAAUGAAAUCUGUUUGGAUGCUCCAUAUCAUUCUGGGAUGUCAGAAGAGCAAGUGUUUAAUAUUAUCAUGACUAUGGGUGGCAUUCCCAAAGACAUUCUUGAAAACAAAGAACUUUUGGAAAUGUUUCUUCCUAUUUUAAAAGCAGAUAUUCACAUGAUGUUCAAUUUCACCUAUGUAAAAACAUCAAAGACUCUUCUUUCUUGUGAUAUUACAUGUUUUUCUGGGACUGAAGAUACAGCAAAAAAAACAGAAGGCUGGAAGGACCUAACCAGUGGGAGUGUUGAAAAUCACAAGUUUCCUGGAAAUCGCUUUUAUCUCACUAACCCUUCUAAUGAGACUUUCAUCAUAAACUACAUAACCAAAUGCCUUGAAAUGUCAUGCUUUGCCUAA